CUUUCACGCGACCACUUUACACGCUCUGAAGCACUUCCCGCAUACUAGAAAAUCACCGUGGAAGCUACAGCAUCUCUUAUAUCAUUGGCAACCCCCAAACCUCCUGCGCCGUUGAGCGCACCUGCGCCAAUGCGCCCCCAACCGUAACCUCCUUCCAACCAUGCAGUUCCCCAAACUCACGCCUCUCCAGUCGAGGCUUGCGGCCUCCCUAAUUGCCUCCGCGAUAUUAGUCCUCGUAUAUUUGUUCCUUACACCAAAUCAUUUCGCAUAUGCCGCCGAGCUGGACUCGAUACUCCAAGAAGACCACAACCACCACCGGUUACACGCCCGCGUACCUACGGACCUUCUCGACGAUUUAGACGACUACGAUGAUGCUGAGGGGUACGAGGCGGAGUUCAUGGGGGUGUCGAGGAGUAUCAUAGGGCGGGUGGCUGCGUUCAGCGAUGCGCUCACGAACAAUGUGGUCAAUAGGAUGGAUAUCGAUCCGGGGUUGACGCACAAUUAUGUCUUUGCAAAGGCGCAGAUUAUGGGUAACCACACGGACAAAGGAGUAGGAUUUCCGUCUGCACUGCAAUUGCAGCGCCGGAGCGUGAAACAGGAUGAAUCUGAGGCCCUGAUUCUCAACCAGGAAGAGCUUGGAGAAGGAGAACUAAUGGACGAGGAAGAGACGGAGGACAUUCUCAAGAGGCAGAAUGAAGGUCCAGCUGUGUAUAUCUCGGUCAACGCGUGCCGACAACCCUCUCCGAAUGGGACUGUAUCUGGUAGUCCCCCUCACCUUACGAUGUACAUUUCAAAGACGAAUACAGCCCCAGGACGUGACUCCCAAAAGGACCUUGUUACCCCGCCAAUUCCUUUUCAAGGAGGAUUUGCCAACUACACUCUCAAUUCCACUGGAGAUGUCUACAUAGGCGUAUCUGCACCCGACCUGCCGAAGAACUAUGCCGGCAAUUGGCACUUCGAGAUUGCAGCUUCAAUCGACGGGCCCUAUCAACAAUAUCACGAUUCAGAGUUUCUGUACCCGGUGGACGCUGAUAGCGGGUCAGCUUUGUUCAUAACUCAUGGCCUUACUCCGAAUGAUACGAUGCAUAAUGUGGAUGAAGAAUGGGUCAAAUUUGGGCCUCUCUUCACGAUGUACGCUUUUCCUCAAGAUUAUCAGCCAAUAAAGGGCCUGGAGCAGUCGUUUUGUGCAAUACGUGAGUCGUUCGAUGCGGCAAGCCUGCCGGUUUCGACGGGCAUGACACGCAGAAUGACUCCGGAUCUGAACCAGACGAUGACGAGCCAGACAAAGCAACAAUUCCACAUCGAAGGCUUGAAUGCAAGCUCUACCUAUACUGCAUAUCUCGCAAUGGUGGGGAACGGCACGACCGAAGGGCCAGACGUCCCUGACGGAGCUGUCGUCGGAGGUGGCGGUCAAGUAUGGAAAGCCGUCAACUUCAGCACCAAAGCCGACGGAAACUGCCAAGUCAUCUACAACCUCACCUUCUGCAGCGACGUCGCCUACGCCGUCCCCGCCAACCCCUCCAAAUUCAACGCCACCGGCCUCGCCUCGCUCUACGACACCCAGGCCCAAUCCUACUACGACAACUUCACCAAGUCCAUCGCCCAAGUCGCCUGCGACACGACCGACACGGCCCGCUACUCCCUCGCCAAGACUUGCGACGACUGCCGCCAGGACUACAAGAACUGGCUCUGCGCCGUACAGAUCCCGCGCUGCGAGGACUUCUCCGCGUCCCCGGACCUCGCGUACCUCCAGCCGCGCAACAUCGGGCAAGACUUCAUCAACGGCACCAAGCCCGCCGCGAACGCGACGGCGGAGAAGCGGCUGUCGUUCAAGCAGAGCCGCAACCCGCUGAUCGAUAGCGUGAUCCAGCCCGGCCCGUAUAAGGAGCUGCUGCCGUGCGAGGAUCUGUGCUACAGUAUCGUGCAGAGCUGUCCUGCGAAUCUGGGGUUCUCGUGUCCGAGUGGGGGGAACAUGGCGGCGGGGUAUGGGAAGCGCGAUCCGACCAAGAAUAAUAUGACGUGUAGUUAUCUUGGGGCGGUGCUGCAGAAGCCGAAUGGGGGUGGGAGACAGUCGGUUAGUGCUGGUACCUUAGUCGGUGUGGCAGUGCUCGCGGUGAUGAUCAUGGGGUAGAGGGGUGUGGUUGGGCAACUGUUAGGCGUAGGCGUUUGGGGCUUUUGUGGUGCCAUGGCGUUGCUGCAUGUAGAGGCGUCAAGAGUUGUGUACAGUGCUACAAAGGUAGGACGCACUUCGUAGGCGCUGAUCCGUUUACAAGGACCUUAAGACUUGUUCGUUUGGCUUAGUGGUACUGCGUUUCCCUCGUUUCUAGAUGCCUAUGAGAAGAUCACUUGGCGAUGAAAGUUCUCAAAGACUAUCUCUACGCACAACCACGUAGCAUUCACAGUUCGAGUUCUUAGCAACAUCAAAGAAAAGCACGCACGAUACACAGUCUCGAUUCUUCUGCAAGUUCAGCACGUCGAAGGGUCUAAGUGAGCGAUGCAGUAUUAAUGCUAUAAUUGGUAAAGUAUGUAGAUGCUCAUAUGUCCUAGAUGAAUGGACACGUUGAUGUUCUAUGUAC